AUGAUCAAAUUAUCAAAGGUUGACAAACGCAUCUAUAAACAUUUAAAUUUGUCAAAUAAAUUGCAAUGUCUCCUUAUUGAAGAUAAGGAAGCUGAGAAAUCUGCUGCUGCUCUUAAUGUUUAAGUUGGAGCAUUUUAGGAUCCUAGAAAUGCUGAAGGUUUGGCUCAUUUUUGUGAACAUAUGCUUUUUAUGGGCACAACUAAAUAUCCAGAUGAAUCUGAAUAUCAACAUUUUAUAUCUAAGCAUUCUGGAAUGACUAAUGCUUAUACAUCUUCAACAAAUACUAAUUAUUUUUUUACUGUGGCCAAUGAUCAAUUAGAAGGAGCAUUAGAUAGAUUUUCCUAAUUCUUUAAGUAUCCUCUUUUUAAAGAAUCAUGCAUACAAAGAGAAAUGAAGGCUGUUCAUUCUGAAUUUAAUAUGAAUUUACAAAAUGAUUUUUGGAGAAAGUUCUAAAUAAGUAAAUUGUUGGCACCUUAAAAUUCUUCAUAUUCCUAAUUUAUGAUUGGAAAUCUAGACACUCUUGGUUAGGUUAAUAGACAAUAACUUAUAGAUUUUCAUUCUCGUUAUUACUCUAGUAACUUAAUGAAAUUAGUAAUUUAUGGAAGGUAAUCUGUUGAAUAGUUGGAAAAUUGGGCAAUUGAUAUGUUUAGUGAUAUUCCAAAUAAAAAUUAUAAUAGACCAGAUGUGAAUAUAGAAGGAUCUCAAAUUAUAUAAAAUAAAUUAAUCAAAAUUGUACCUAUAAAUGAUGAAGAUCAUUUAGAUUUAAUUUGGGUUAUAGAUUAUUUACAUCCUCAUUUUCAAAAUUGUCCUGGAAAAUAUAUAGCUCAUCUUAUUGGUCAUGAAGGAGAAGGAUCUCUAUUAAGUUAUCUCAUCAAAGAAAAUCUAGCAUAUGAACUUUAAUGUGGUACAUAAGAUGAGGCAUACAAAUUUUCAGAACUAUAUGUCAGUAUCAAAUUGACAAAAAAAGGAUUAGCUAUGUAUUAACAUAUAAUUGAAUUAGUUUUCAAUUAUUUAAAUAUUUUAUAAGCUAAUGCAUAAAUAUUUAAUGAAGUUAAAUAAAUCAAAACAUUAUAAUUUGAUUAUCUUGAAAAACAAAACCCUUUUGAUUUUGUUGGGGCUAUAGCAUCAAGAUUACAUUAAUAUCCUGUUUCAGAUAUCUUAAAAGCUCCUUAUUUAAUGGAAAAUUUUGAUAGUAAUCUUAUUAAUAAAACUAUCAAUCAAUUAAAUCGAAAUAAUUUGAAUGUAUUUCUUCAAAGUUAGUAAUUUUAAGGAAAAUUAGGAAAUUUUGAAAAAUAUUUUGGUUCUGAAUAUGAAAUUUCAGAUUUAUAAUUUGAAAACUAGUAAAUUAGAAAUCAAAAUUUUCAUUUACCAAAUUUAAAUAAAUAUCUUCCAAAUUAGACUGAUUUGUUUGCCAAUCCAAAUAGUUAGUAAUAUCCAACAAUAAUUUAUGAGUCUCCAUAUUCUAUUGUUUAUUUCAAAUAAGACAAUAAAUUUAAUGUUCCAAAGACAUUCAUAAAAAUGAGACAAUACUUAGAUUAAAUGGGAAAAUCAAUACAAAAUGAAGUUCUUGGAGCUCUUUGGCAAAGUUUGCUCACUAUUCAUUUAAGAGAGUUGUUUUAUGAAGCUGAAGUGGCUUCAUUGUCUCCAUCAGUCAGUCUAGUAACUAAUGGAAUUGAAUAUUCAUUAGCUGGAUUUAGUGAUUCAAUUAAUAAGUUUUUACCAGAUAUGUUGAAAAAGGUCUUAGACUUUAGAGUUGAAAAUUAUAAAGAUAAUUAUGAUACUCAAUUAGCUAAACUUAUUUGUGAUUUAGAAAACUUCUCUCGUUCUCCUCCUUAUUCACAGGCAAGAAAUUUAUCAAUGUUAUUAUUAAGAGAUUGUGGGUCUUUCGAUCCUGAAGAUUUAUUAAAGACAAUUAGAUUGAUAUAAUUUGAUGAUUUGAUUUAUUUUUAAAAUCAUUUGAUGGAUAAGUGUAGAUUUGAAUGGUUAAUUAUGGGUAAUAUUUAAGAAAGUAAUGCAGUUUCUAUAGUGAAAUAAUCAGAAGAAUUGUUUAAAAAAUCACUCAUUUUACAAAAAGAAGAAGUAUUGUAAGUAAGAUCUAUUAAUAUCCCUGAAAAUAUCAUAUACAAUUACACAAGAUACUUAAAUUCAGAAACUGAAACAAAUUCAAGUGUGAUUUUGUAUUUUUAAUUAGAAAGUGGAACAGUAAGAAAUCAAUUAAUAGUUGAUUUACUUUCUAAUAUUAUUAAGACUCCAUUUUUUUCUCAAUUAAGAACUACAGAGUAAUUAGGAUAUGUUGUAUUCUCUGCUUCAAGUGAUGUAAGAGGUAUAACUGGGUUCUAAUUUUUAAUUUAGAGUAGUGUUAAGUGUCCUAAAUAUCUUUAAGCUAGAAUUAGGUAUUUAAUUAAAUUAUAUAAAAUUAGAGAAUUUAUAAAGAAAUUUGAAAUAGAUGAUUUAACAAGGGAAUAAUUUGAAGAAUAUAAAUAAUCAAUUAGAGUAUCACUUUUAGAGAAGGAUUUCUCAUUGGGUAGAGAAGUUGGAAGAUUUUGGGGAGAAAUUUAACGACAUUAGAAUCUUUUUGACAGAAGAGAGUAAGCAUUGAGUUUGCUUGAUAAUAUUGAUAUUAAAGAGGUUAAGAACUACUAUAAAUAAUAUUUAAUUGAGCAUCCUCAUUAAAUUGAAAUUCAUGUAGUUUCACCAUCUCAUAAAUAAGAAUAGGAUUCAUUACCUAAUACUGGAUUAAUGAGUACUAGUGUUGAAUGGAUUAAACGUCGUGUACCACUUUAUCCAGAUAUGUAUUCAUUAUUAUGA